AGAGGUCCACACGACAGCAACAGCACAACCGAAGGACAGGAAAUUGUCGUUCGCCGCAUCGAUCAUCGCGCCGAGCGCACACCUCACACCUCACAGAUCACAGAUCACAGACACACACACGCACAAAGACUGGCAGCCAUGCCAGUGGCGAAGAAGGAGGUAAAGCCCGAGGAGCCCCUCUUCGUGGAUGAGAUGGGCAGCUACGUGCACGAGGCAGAGCAGGCGAAGUACAAAGGCGGCGUCCGUCGCUACACCCAGGCCGACGGCGGCGGCAGUCCGCCAAACCCGCGCUCGAACUCCCCCUCCUCGAGCCUCAAGGCCGCUGGUGGGUCUCCGUCAUCGAUGCUGUCUGGCACCUUACGGAACGGCUCCGCUGCGGCGGCCGCUUUGUCCGGCAGUCAAUCCACAGCGGCACCGGGCAGCAACAGCGUGGCUGCCGGUGCUGGCGGCCCGCUGUUGUACCGCCACGGCCGGGGCACCUACACCUGUCCGUACUUCAUCUACGAGGGAGAUUGGGAGGAGGACGAAAUGCACGGCAUGGGCCAGCUCACCUUCGCCGCCUCGGGCAACACCUACACCGGCGCCUUCUCGCACGGCUGCUUCUCCGGCCAGGGUGUCUACCGGUGGCGCGACGGGUCGGUGUAUGAGGGGCAGUGGCGGGCCAACCGCAUGCACGGCGCCGGCGUGUACACGGACGCGCAGGGCCACAUCUGGAAGGGCAAGUACUUCAGCGGCACCGGGCCUGGUCUGGUUCGGCUGUACCCAACGCUGGAGCGCGUCGACGGCGUAGCAGCGGUGGAGGCCACCGCAGCGGUCACGACAGCCGGCGGUGCAACCGAUGGUCGUGUUGUCAGCAUUUCUGUAUAG